CCUCGUGUGUUGCUCAGUUCAGUUCUGCGAUUUUGACCUCACAAACUCACCGCGGCUUCCUCAAAAUGACGAACAACCCCGUGUGGCGGUGAAUCCACGCGGCCCGUGUGACACGAUGAAGCGACGAAUGACUUCACCGGUUGAGAAACGCCAAGUUGCGUCGCAUGGAAGUAACGGAAAGGCGUUAGCUGCGCGAGCUAGCAGCAACAGGUAGCCGAGCCCCUGAACGCCUCAUGGAGUGCGCUGCCUUCUCCAGGUACUCCUGGAUCGACUUUGCCUUCUCGGUCAUCGGCGUGUGCACCUUCCUGAUCGACUGGGGUUCGGACGUCUGGGUCGCCACGGAGUUCUACCGACGGGGGGAUUUGCUGUGGUUCGGGGCGAUGGUCGGCCUGAUGGUCUCCUCGUCUGUUGUGGUCCAGAUGUUCAGCUGGUUCUGGUUCAAGUACGACCGCCAGCUCCCCGGGUUCUGGAGCCACAGAGAGGAAGGCUCGGUUCUGUUCGGAGACAAAGUGAAGCUGUCGUGUGUGCUGCACGUGCUGCAGCUGGGCUUCCUCUGCAGGCACAUCUCCGCCAUCCGCCAGGGCUUCAAGGUCUGGUGGCGGAAGGAGGAGGGGUCAGAGUAUGCGGUGUACCUGACCCACGACCUCAGCAUGCUGAGACUGAUCGAGACCUUCUGUGAGAGCGCGCCGCAGCUCACGCUCAUGAUCUACGUGAUGCUGUGCACCAACAGGGCACGAGCGGUUCAGUUUGUGAGCAUCGCGGCUUCCACCACCUCCAUCGCCUGGAUGGUCCUGGACUACCACCGCUCCCUGCGCUCCUUCCUCCCCGACAAAGCCAAGCAGGGCUGGGCUGCCUCCCUGAUCUACUUCCUGUGGAACCUGCUGCUGAUCUCCCCUCGCCUGGCGGCGCUGGCUCUGUUCGCCUCCGUCCUGCAGGGCUACAUCGCCGUCCACUUCCUCUUGAUCUGGCCCGUCUUCGUCAUCUGGGUGUGGCGGCAGAAGACCGACUUCAUGGACAGCUCCGGCGGCGAGUGGCUCUACCGUGCCACGGUGGGACUCAUCUGGUACUUCAGCUGGUUCAACGUGGCGGAGGGUCGCACUCGCGGCCGCAGCGCCAUCUACCACACCCUCAUCACCGCCGACAGCGGGAUCCUGCUCGCCACCUGGUGGUGGUACCGCGACCCCGAGCUGAGCGAGCCCUACGCCUUGGCGCUCCUGAUCGCGCUCCCACUCAUCUACCUCCUGGGGCUGCUCUUCAAAACCCUCUACUACUGCUGCUUCCACCCCAAGCUCUGGAGGCCUCCCACCAGGGAGCCGGAGCUGCCCGAUGACCUGCCCGACGCCCGUGUUUCUCUCAAGAACAUUUCCAUCCAGGAUGGAGCUGCCUCCUCUAGCGUGCAGCUCCUCAACAAACGCAUGGCUCAGAGUGCUUCCAACUUCUACUCCCUUCAAGGUGUCGGCCUCAGGACGGACGCCGACAACCGCUCGGGGGUGUAGACUCUUGCACUGUUUUGAAUGUCGGCGGCUUCUGCUCCUUUGUCUCCUGUAGACACUGUUCUAAUGCCAAACAUCGCCAGACUCUGGUUGAAGAAAGGCUGUUGUAAGCUCAUAAAUGCUGCUGCACAGUUUACCACGAUCAUGUUGGAGUUACUGUUAAAAUGUACUCUAAAGUCCUGUUACAUUGAUCAGCCACCUCAUUAUGACCGCCCGCUCUACUGUCUGUAGAGCAGCUCUGGCCUCCAGGACUUCACCAGAUGUCCUGCAGGUGCGAAAAUGACAGCAGCUUCUACACAAUACUGAGCUGUUGCAGUGCAGUAUGGGAUUUGAGUGAAGGUUUUUUACCUCAUAACCAACAAAAUUACGUUCAGUCAUAUUCCAAGGUGCGUUUGGGGAUGAACAACACUCAUAUAUUAACCUGUUUAUCAGAAACAGAAAAACUUUAUUCAUCCCAAUUUUGUUCCUAACUUAACAUGCUCCGUAAACAACAAAAAUAUAAAUAUGAAAUGAAAAAUAGUCCUUAACAGACAAUCAAGGAAAAGCCAUAGAAAGCUGCACAUAGAGACGGACAUGGAAGCAGGGUAUGUACAAUGUUUGAAAAAUUAAAAGCAGAUAUGUAACAGAUUAAAACGUGCCAAAGAAACUUUCAUGGUGAAGUUUACAGGGUUGAAGUGUACAGCUUUAUUGCCACAGGAAGAAAGGACUUCCUGUGGUGCUCAGUCUUUCAACUGGUUUAACAGGAAAUUGGAGCUUCAACAUCGGUCACAAUGUUGUGGCUGCACAGCAAUAUUGUAUUUUAUCAAACUAGCACAUGAAGACAUGCCGGGAAGAUGUAUUUAUACUUCAACAUGUGUUUUUAAUUCAGCGACUUCAGUUUAUUUUCUUGACGUUGUCGCUGUUCUCUUCAAUGGUCCUGACACAGAGUCAAAAGAUAA